AUGCUUGAACAAAAUAAUUUACCACUUAAAUUACGUUUCAAACAGGGAUCAAUAUUGAACUUUGUUGGAAUGAUAUUAGAUAAAUGUCAAUCAUUGUAUACAAAUAACCAAGAUUUUCUCUCUUUAUCUGCAGAUGAUCGUUCAAUUUUAUUGCAUAAUUUAUUUAAACAUACAGGAAGUCUUUGUGCAAAUUUUAUCGGUUAUAAAAUUCAUUUAUUUGAUUGUCCGGCUUACUUCAGUACUCUUGAAAUAAUUACUCAUCCAGAUGUAUUACCUGCUGCUAAACGUAUAGCAAAGCGACUUAAUUUUGAUAUAAUUAUUAUGAAAUUAUUUCUUGCUAUUCUUUCAUUUUCAACAACUCGUUAUACAGUCUAUUUAAAAACUUCUCCAGACAAUUUAUCAAAUAUCAAACAAAUCUUACGUAUUCAAGAUAUAUAUAUUGAAAUGGCAUGGCGAUAUUUAGUUUACAGAUGUAAUUUUGAACAAGCUGUUAUAUGUUUUUCUGAUCUUAUUAGAGGUUACUUUGCUGUUGACGAAGCUGUUGUUAAAACACAAGAAGUUCAAUGGCUAACAGAUACAAUUUCAUCGGUUGUUACCCAAACCGAACAAACUCUAACUCUCAAUUAA